CCGCUGGAAGUAAAAUCUGUGUUUCCAAAUUUGUUUUUUUUCCUUACCAUAUUCAUGUGAAGGAGGCAACUCUACAAAGAUGAAGUACAUCAUAGGCAUCGGAGGCGUCACCAACGGUGGCAAAACCACCUUGACCAACAGGCUCGUCAAGGCGCUCCCAAACUGUUGUGUGGUCCACCAGGAUGACUUCUUCAAGCCACAAGAUCAAAUAGAAGUUGGGGAAGACGGCUUUAAACAAUGGGAUGUGUUGGACUCCUUGGAUAUGGAGGCAAUGGUGAGCACUGUGCAUGCGUGGAUUGAGAACCCAGUGAAGUUUGCCCGUUCCCACGGAGUGAAUGUUACGCCUGGCUCUAAAGAGCCAGCCUCCAAAGAUAUCAAUAUAUUGGUCAUUGAAGGCUUCCUGCUUUAUAAUUACAAACCACUGAUAGACCUAUUCGACAUAUGCUACUACCUGGCGGUUCCAUAUGAUGAAUGCAAAAGGAGGAGAAGCACACGUAACUACACUGUUCCUGACCCCCCGGGUCUCUUUGAUGGACACGUCUGGCCCAUGUACUUGAAACACAGGAAAGAAAUGGAGGAUGGUGGUGUUGAUGUCGUUUAUUUAGAUGGACUGAAGUCUAGAGAUGAACUCUACAACCAAGUCUUAGAAGAUAUUCAGAACAAGCUUUUAAAUUGCUUAUAGGUAAAUACGUCCCUGCUUCUGAGGGGGUGAAGUGUGAGGGACUGACAGCUGGAAACCACCUGCUCCUAUGCUUGGAUAGUCACACCUUCCCUUCUUGCUUUUUGGGGUCUUGGAAGAGCUGAAAGACCUGUAUACAGAAUGAUGUAAAUAGUACUUAGAAUGAGGGUUUAAUUGUGUAAAUUCUUCUUACACUGUCCUUUGGAAAGCAUCUUUUGUAUAUAACUGAAAAAAAUGAGGAUAACUUAUUCACAACUCUGGACAGGACUUUUUUAAACUUUCUUAUUUUAUAUUCCACUGGCUUAAACAUAAGUUGAAAAUGCAUUUUUAUAAUGGAACAAGUAGAGCUGUGUUUGGAAAACAAAUGACUCUUCCGAUAUUAAGUCUUUACAUAAUGGCUUGUUUGUAAUGUCGUCUCCUGAGUUCAGUAAAAAUCAAUUUAAAA